GCCGGAAGUAAGUCGGAGUUUGACAGCUGGCGGUGUAUUUUUUUCGAGUUUUGCCUACAAAUGGCUGCAAACGGAGGCUUCCAGGCGUCUAGCGGCUACAAUGAGAGACCACCGUCGUCUACCGGAAGUGGGGAGGCUGACACCGCGGUAGACCCAGCCAGCAGUAGCUUUUUCAACAAUGAUUAUAAAAAGCAUGAUGACCUGAAGGUUAUGCUUGACAGCAACAAAGAUUCACAGAAAUUAGAUGCCAUGAAAAGGAUAGUUGGUAUGAUAGCAAAAGGAAAAGAUGCAUCGGAACUGUUUCCAGCUGUUGUGAAAAAUGUAGUUUCUAAAAACUUAGAGGUGAAGAAACUGGUCUAUGUGUAUCUGACGAGGUAUGCUGAAGAACAGCAAGACCUGGCUCUCCUGUCUAUCAGCACAUUCCAGAGGGCUCUUAAGGACCCUAACCAGUUGAUUCGAGCCAGUGCCCUACGUGUCCUGUCCAAUAUUCGGGUUCAGAUGAUUGCACCGAUUAUGAUGCUGUCAAUCAAGGAGGCAGUGAUGGAUAUGUCACCGUAUGUGAGAAAAACUGCCGCACACGCCAUUCCUAAACUCUACAGUAUUGAUCCUGAACAAAAGGACCAGCUGGUGGAAGUGAUAGAGAAACUCCUGGCAGACAAGACAACAUUGGUUGCUGGCAGUGCAAUUCAAGCAUUCGAGGAGUUGUGCCCGGAGCGUAUCGACCUGAUACACAAGAACUACCGCAAACUGUGCAACCUUCUCGUGGAUGUGGAGGAAUGGGGUCAGGUCGUCAUCAUCAACAUGCUCACCCGAUACGCACGCACGCAGUUCCUCAACCCUAACACUGGGGAUCCUGCUGGGGACACUGAGAAGCCCUUUUAUGAGUCAGAGAAGUCGGAGGAAGAAGACCAGGAGGAUAAGGAGGAGACGGGGGCUGGGGACGGGAAGCAGAAACACAAGCCUUACAUCAUGGACGCGGACCAUCGACUGAUUCUGCGCCAGUGUAAACCUCUCCUAAACAGCAGAAACGCUGCAGUUGUGAUGGCUGUGGCCCAGCUGUACCACCACUGUGCCCCACGCUCUGAAGUGAUUGUGGUGGCUAAAUCUCUUAUCAGAUUGCUGAGAUCAUCUCCAGAAGUUCAGUACGUAGUUCUAAGCAACAUCGCGACGAUGUCAAUCAAGCAGCGGGGCAUGUUUGAGCAGUUCCUCAAGAGUUUCUACGUUCGCUCCAACGAUCCAACCCACGUGAAGCUACUAAAGCUGGAGAUCUUGACCAGCCUCGCCACCGAGACAAACAUCUCCACCAUUCUCAGGGAGCUUCAGACGUUUGUGACAAGCCCAGACAAGGAGUUUGCAGCGGCCACUAUACAAGCCAUUGGUCGCUGUGCCAGCAACAUUGCAGAGGUCACAGAUACCUGCCUGAAUGGUCUUGUCCUGCUCAUGUCUAACAGAGACGAGAGUGUGGUAGCAGAAAGUGUUGUUGUCAUCAAGAAGUUACUACAAAUGCAGACAUCAACCCACAAAGACAUCAUCGUGCACAUGGCCCGUAUGGUCGACAACAUCACUGUUCCCAUGGCGCGGGCCAGCAUUCUCUGGUUGAUAGGCGAGUAUAGCGACCGCGUGCCCAAAAUAGCCCCUGAUGUGCUGAGAAAGAUGGCCAAGACCUUCAUACAAGAGGAGGACAUAGUAAAGCUGCAGAUUCUCAAUCUCGGUGCCAAACUGGUCAUAACCAACAGCAAGCAGACCAAGCUUCUAUGUCAGUACGUGUUCAACCUCGCCAAGUACGAUCAGAACUACGACAUUCGUGACCGCUCACGGUUCCUCCGCCAGCUAGUGUUGCCUUCAGGGGAGAAAGGGAUCCUGGCCAAGCAUGCCAAGAAGAUUUUCCUCGCAACUAAGCCUGCGCCAGUUCUGGAGUCGAAGUUUAAAGACCGCGAUCAGUACCAGCUCGGUACCCUUUCUCACAUGAUCAAUAGCAGAGCAACCGGGUACCAGCAGCUCCCUGAAUGGCCAGAAGUGGCCCCUGACCCAGCAGUGAGGAAUGUCGAGGUGGUCAUGCCCUGGACCGAGAAGACGCCGCUGACAAAGAAAGGCAAACCAAAGAAGGAGAAGGCGUUCUAUUCGAGCUCUGAGACCUCCGGCGCAGAUGAGAGUUCAGACGAAGACAGUGAUGAUGAGGAAGACUCAGGUGAUGAUUCAGAUGAGGAUAAGACAGGGAGUGAAGCAGAGAGCGACUCGGACAGUGAGGAUACGGAAGAAGAUUCUUCUGAUGACGUCACAGAUUCCUCUGAGGACAGUGAUGACAAGUCAACUCCACAGAAAAAGCCCACUCAGAAAGUGGCAGUGACGAGGCCUGCUGUGAAAAGUAACAGCGGCACUGAGGAUUCAGAUGAAGAAAGCUCUGAGGAGUCGACCUCUGAAAGUGAACCAGAAGUCAAGAAAAAACCCAAACAGGAGCCCUUGAAGAAGGCCCAACAGAAGUCGCCACCUAGUAAACCUCAGGAUCUUGACCUGUUACUGGACUUGGGAGAUGUGCUACCACCGAUGACCUCGAGUGCAAUGCCAGGGUCAGGGGCUGGUGACCUUUUGACCCCAAUGAGUGCCCUAAGUCUUGACCAGACGUCCAAGCCUAAGGCAGCAACACCUUCAGCGCAAAUGUUCACACCACAAGUCCAGGGAAAGACGUACGAGUUAUUGAAUAAAUUGUCAGGCGAUGGCCUGGGCAUCACAUACAAAUUCACCCGAACAAUAUCCAUAUUCACUCCAAAAAUGGUCUCCAUUGAGCUCACGUUCACUAACAGCAGUGAAAGUAUAGUGUCCAAUAUCAGGAUAGGACAGAAGAAAAUCCAACCUGAUAUGGAGGUACAAGACUUCCCUGAAAUUGCUGCCUUAGCCACCAAGAAUUCCACAUCAGUGCUGAUGGGUGUGAACUUUAACGAUACAACCCAGCCAGCGACCUUCGAGGUCAUCACCGAGGAGAAGAAAUACAAUGUCAAGAUCACGGCACCUGUGGGGGAGAUCUUGCAGCCAUACAACAUGCAUGAGAAGGAGUUCAUUAAAGAGCAGGGUAAACUGGCUGGAAUGAAUGAGAACUCAACAAAAGUGAAACUUCCCGCAGAUAAAAGUGACAUGAAGUCAAUAGUCACAGCAGUUCUUAAAGUUGCCAAUGUUCUACAAGUGCCGUCUGCAGAAGAAAAUAAAUUCUUAUUCGCUGCUCGGACCCUGGCAACUCAAACUCUGGUGCUCAUUUCCGUGGAUACUAAAAACGGGGCUGCUAAACUUACAACCAAUUGUGAGAAAAUGGUGAUAGGCGCAAUGUUGAUGAAAGACGUGAAAGGGUCACUGGAGGGAUAGCAAAUUAUACAAAUUAUUGACUUAAUGCAGCAGCCUAUAUAUGAGCCAUGUCCUGGGAAAACUGGGAUUAAUUCAUGCGUUAAGUGUCAUCCCUGAUUACCCUGUGCACAGGCUAAUGCGGUACGACACUUUCAUCUUUUAUGGUAUUCUUUUAUUUCAAGGAGGUCUUACUUAACCUUUUGAAUGCUGGGAAAUUUGUCUUCUGCUAAAAUGUCGUCUGCUGAAUUUCUUAAAUUAGCAUUUUCUUUGAUUUGUUUCAAAGAAUACUAUCAUAAUAGCAAACAGUUUGGAUCCUGAUGAGACGCCACGUUCUGUGGCGUCUCAUCUGGAUCCAAACUGUUUGCAAAGGCCUUCAAAAUUCAGUUCCCGCACUGAAAGGGUUAAAUGAAAGUCCAGAAGGAAUGUUUAGUCUAAGGAGACUGCACAGGGGGACAGUGUCCACUCAGGCAUUAUGCCCAGUUCUCUAAGAACAAGGGACAAAGUAGUUAAUUGAAAGGAAUGUGAGGAAAUUGUAUCUAAUUAACAUCUUAUUUCUUAGUGUUAAUUUGUUUGCAUCAUUUCUGUAUUUGAUACUGUGUAUUAAAGUGGUAACACUACUUGAUUCAACAAUGCAUGUGUAGAUGAUACUAUUAUUUGGUUUGUACCAAGUGUUUUUGAGCAUAUUAAUGAUAAAAUGUUUUUCAUAAGAAAGGAAUAAUUUUGUACGACCUAUUGCCAAAUUUUUUUUCGUUGCAGCUUUUAAAUCUAAUGCAUUCGAAAAUUGUGAUAGCUUUUGAUGUUUUGUGCUGCAAACAUCUAAUUGUUUUUCAAAUAUUGUGUGAAUAUCAACAUGGAUUUAUUCAAUGACCCGUUUUAAAGGAAGAGUCGUCUGUUCACAUUUAAGUGGAUUCAUUUAUGCAGAAGUUGUUGCAGUUCUAAAGAUUUCUAGUCUUGUGAUCAUAAUACUUAUGUAGAGAUGCUCCAAUGUAUUGUGUAGUAUUAAAAUUAUAUCAAAGCUCUUUUCAAACGUCAUUACUUUUGACAUUUUGUGAGAAAUUCUGCAAAAUAUCAAUGCUUUGUGAAUUGCAGUCAAUAUUUCUGAAGUCUAGUGCAUGUGUGAAUUAUUUUGAUGUGUAUAAAUUCAUACUUAAUAGUCAGUUCUACUUUUAUUUAAUGACAUUAUGGAAAUAACUACAAUACAUCUGUUUAACCAAAUGAGAUGAGAUAGUAAUAGAAAUUUAAUUUUGGGUUAAUUGUUUCAAAUGCACAAUCAGGUAUUAACUUCAUUUAUCUAGUUUAACUAUUCUUAUAAUGUAUUGAUACAUCUUGACAGUGUCUCUCAGCCUCUGUUAGCAUAAUAAGGUAUUGUUCCCCUGUUAUCACUUGUUACCAAAACAAUAGUCGUUAAAAUCUGGGUUUUAGAAUAUUAUUCUCUUCAUUAGAAAAACUAUUGUUGAAUGAUUUUGCACGGUUUAGUUUUAAAAUAUUUUAUUUAAUGAACAAACAUUGUAAACAUUCGAUAACAUAUACAGUUACAACUGAGUCAUGUUAUUCCAAAAAAGGAUUAGAACGAAAGAUCACGAUCUUAUUGGGUUCUUCUCCAUUGGGUAUGGUUUAAAACUAUAUGCCUGAUGCUUUUAACACAAAUUGUUCAGAAAAUGUUAAUUAAUUGUGAGAGUUAUUUUGUUUAUUGUGCAAUAUUUAAUUUGUCCAAAGUGCUUCAUAAUUGAACGUUCAUAUUUAUGAUAAAAUGUGUUUAUGAUGGUUGGCUGUAUAAGGUAUACUCAUUUUGAUUACAGUACUGAAAACUAAUUGGUUACAUACUUUUCAUCUACUUAAAUGUGUUAAUUAGUAAGUUGUUAAAUUAUCAAAAUUUUAACUAAUUAUAUACAUUAUGUGGACCAAUCCAAUCACUGUAUAAGUAUUUAAUAAAUUCUAUUUUAAAUGAAA